AUGAAGGACGAAAAUCGCGAUUUUGCUAGCGACGCGUCCAACUCGAAUGAUAGGGAUAAGCCGCUAACAACCGUAACAUUAGGAAUAGCUGCUAAGGCUAGGAUGGCCAGUGUUAGCCAGACCCGGGGAACUCUCUUAACUUGCACGAUCACUGGCGUCGCAAUCGGCGACGUUGUAUUUCGCGACGAUCGUGUGUCGAGGCACAUCCUCAAAGAUUCGAACUUCCUUAGGACCGAUGAUUUCUGGCGAGUGAUCGCUCUCGUCGACGAGUUGCAGGAUGAUGUUGCUUGUAGCGUCGUGAAAUCCGUCGCUGACGUGGACAGGAAGGCGGAAUCCUUCGCGUUGUGUAGAGUUCUCGUAGUCGAGAGGCUGACAACACGUAAGUGGGAGCCGGAAGAACGAUCGAAGAGAGUUCCAAACGAGCCUAGCUUGUGUAUCGAGGUGAUUCUUUUGGAAUCGAAAGACAUGCACAGCAGUGAAUAA